AUGACUGAUGCGGAGGAUCCGGAGGAAAGUGGUGUGCCCGCGGUCAAUCCAUACAAGAUGGGUACUUACGAUCUAGUGCGGAUGAGAAUAAACAAGCUAAUGGAAAGACCGGACGUUCCCGUGGUUAUACCGGAGUCUUCCAGAAGGAAGGAACCGAAGGCACCUCCCGACUUCGUUAGGAAUGUUUGGGGCUCAGCCGCUGGCGUUGGAAGUGGGGACUUCCACAUUUAUCGUGGGAUACGUCGAAGAGAGUACGCCCGUCUGGAGUUUAUAGAACAACAGGCCAAAGAGAAAGCUAAGGCUGACGCCUAUAUUGCAGAGCACGAAGCAAAGAAUCGUGCUAUCGAAGAGAAAAGGGCGAAAAAGCGAGCCAAAAGGCAAAGGCGUAAAGAGGCGCGGAAGCGCAAACGCAAAGACGGUACCGAUCCCAGAACCACUGAUGAUGACUGCAGCGAUCAGGAAAUCGAGUGCACUGAAAGCAAAUUGGCCAAGGCAAAAUCGGACAGUGCCAUCGACGAGGGUGAAGACUCAAAGUCAGAAUAA